GAUGAUGGGAGGAGAGGGGAUAAAAGGAGGUCGCUGUGCAGUAGGACUCAGAGUCCUGAGUCCUACUGCACAGCGGUAGAAGAAUGGGAUCUGGUGGGACCCAGCUGUGGCUUCUGGCCUUUCUGUCCCUGAUCACUCAAAGUGAUUCAUCAUUGUUGAAGGUGAUGUCUGCUCCCAAUUUAUUCCGGGUUGGAACAACAGAGAAGAUCUUUGUGGAGUGUCAAGACUGUGUCGAUAAUAAUGACUUCAACGUCGUAAUCAAAGUGAUGAACUACCCAAGCAAAUCCUUAAUAUUGGAUGAAAAAUCUGUGAACCUUAACAAGACGAACAAAUUCCAGUCACUUGCAGAAAUUACUGUCCCUGCUACAGACUUCAGUAAGGACCCCACCAUGAAGCAGUACGUCUACUUGCAAGCUACAUUUCCAGGGGCUGAACUGGAAAAAAUAGUUUUAGUUUCCUUCCAGUCUGGGUACAUCUUCAUUCAGACAGACAAGACCCUUUACACACCCAACAGUGUUGUUCAAUACCGGAUGUUUGGAGUAAAGCCCAGCAUGGAACCAGUAGAGAACGACAAAGAAACUAAUGCUCCUCCUUCCAUUGAUAUUGAGAUUGUGACCCCCAACAAAAUAACUUUACCAAUUGCUGUGAAGUCUCUGGAAUCAGGGCUCUACACUCACAGUUACCAGCUAGGAGACAUCGUCAGCCCUGGACUGUGGACAUUAGUGGCCAGGUUCCAUGACAACCCUCAGGAGAGUUUCACAGCAGAGUUUGAGGUCAAAGAAUAUGUGCUGCCUAGUUUUGAGGUGAAACUGUCACCUGACGUGCCAUUCUUCCAUGUGGACAGCUCCGAGUUCACUGUCAGUAUUAGUGCUGUGUACCUUUUUGGUCAAGAAGUGUCUGGGGUGGCAUAUGUGAUUUUUGGAGUUGAGCAUGAUGGUCAAAAGAAAAGCUUUCCCAGUUCCAUUCAAAGAAAACAUAUUGAGAAUGGUAAAGCAGUUGGUGAACUGAAGAAAGAGCACAUUACAGAGGUUUUCCAAGAUAUCCUUGGCCUGGUGGGGAGUUCGGUGUAUGUGUCUGUCAGUGUGCUCACCGAAAACGGAGGUGAAAUGGUGGAGGCACAGCUGAAAGACAUCCGGAUUGUCACAUCACCUUACAGCAUCAACUUCAAGAAAACAUCCAGAUAUUUCAAACCAGGAAUGCCCUUCGAUGCUGUGGUUGAAGUCACAAACCCUGAUGGAACCCCAGCGAGGGGAAUUAAUGUGUUGCUGGAGGCGGUGCCAUAUGAGACAACAGGGAAAACCACAGCCAAUGGCAUUGCAAGGCUUUCCAUAAACACAAAAUCAGAACCCGAACCACUGAUAAUUCAAGCAAAGACAAACGUCCCGGGUAUAACCCAAGCAUCAGCCACCAUGACAGCUACCCCAUAUACCACCAGCAACGGUCAAUAUAUCUAUAUAGGCUUGGGUUCAGAUGAAGUACGACUAGGAGACAACUUGAAAGUCACUCUCAACCUCAAAGAGCCCAUAAAUGCAAAAUAUGACAUCACGUACUUGAUUCUUAGCAAAGGCCAGCUGGUGAACCACGGUCGAAUUGCACCAAGACCAGUGAUAUCUCUAACAGUCUUUGUUACCAAGGACAUGCUGCCAUCAUUCAGAAUCGUGGCCUACUACCAUACAAAUGCAAACGAAGUGGUCUCAGACUCUGUUUGGGUGGAUGUGGAGGACACCUGCAUGGGCUCGUUGAAGCUAGAACCUGCACCACAUUCCUACCCCUUUGCUCCUCGCGGAACAUUUAAGUUUAAGGUCAUUGGAGAUCCUGGGGCCACAGUGGGAUUGGUGGCAGUUGACAAAGGUGUCUACGUCCUAAACACCAAACACCGCCUCAGUCAGAAAAAGAUAUGGGACAUGGUAGAGACGUAUGACACGGGAUGCACGCCAGGUGGAGGCAGGGAUGCAAUGCAUGUGUUUCACGAUGCAGGACUAUUGUUUAAGACCAACUUGGCUCCUGGAAGCCCAUACAGACAAGAAACAAAAUGUCCAGUGCCAAGCAGGAGGAAACGGGCAAGCACUAUAAUGGACGUCAAAACCAGCUUAGUGAGUCAGUAUGAAGAAAAAAUACAACGUGACUGUUGUUUGGACGGAAUGAGGGACACGCCCCUCUCAUACGACUGUGAGAGGCGCAGUGAGUACAUCGUGGAAGGUGCAGCCUGUGUGGAGGCCUUCCUACGCUGCUGCAAGGAGCUGAAAGACCAGCAAGAUGAGAGGAGGCAGGACAGUCUCCUGCUGGCUCGCAGUGAGGAAGAAGAAAAUAGUGACAUGGAUACAAGUGAAAUUGUUUCACGCAGCUCUUUCCCUGAAAGUUGGAUGUGGUAUAAUAUCAAAUUACCUCCUUGCCCUGGACAUAACCCUAAAUGUGAAACUCAAGAGUCUCCACUCUCAGAAAUGCUAAAGGAUUCAAUCACAACAUGGCAGCUUACUGCCAUCAGCCUUUCAGCAACGCAUAGUAUCUGUGUGGCUGAUCCACUAGAAGUAAAAGUUCAAAAGGUCUUCUUCAUUGACCUCCGACUGCCUUAUUCCGCUGUCCGUGGGGAACAGCUGGAAAUUAAAGCGAUUCUUCACAACUACAGUGAGGAGGGUGCUGAUGUGACUAUUGACCUGAUUGAGAACCCAGAUGUAUGCAGUUCAGCCUCUAAGCGUGGGAAAUAUCGCCAAAAGGUUAAUGUUGGAAGCAAAUCUACACGAUCUGUGCCAUUCGUCAUUAUUCCUAUGAAGGAAGGCGAACUCAAAAUUGAGGUCAAAGCAUUUGUUUCAAACUCAGAUCUGCCAUUGCGUGAUGGAAUUGAGAGAAAACUGCUGGUGGUGCCUGAAGGCAUAUUGAAAAAUUCUUUAAAGAGUGUAACCUUUCAGCUUACUAAGACAGGUGACAAAAAAGUCGAAGUCAUUAACAGUGAAAUACUUGAGAAACAUUUAGUUCCAAACACUAAGCAACUAACACGAUCUCUGAUCUCUGUGACAGGCAGAGAGCAGUUAAGUGCAUUAGUAGAGAACGCACUCAGUGGCAAGUCUAUGGGUACCCUGAUCAAACAGCCUUCAGGCUGUGGGGAGCAGAACAUGAUCUCAAUGACUCUGCCUGUCAUUGCAACUGUUUACCUGGACAAAACCAACCAGUGGGAAACUGUGGGCCUUGAUAAACGGGCAGAAGCUCUUCAACACAUCGAAACUGGUUACCAUAAUGAACUUGCCUUCCAUAAAGAUGAUGGGUCUUUUGCUGUAUUUCCCGAACAUGAAAUAGGCAGCACAUGGCUGACAGCUUAUGUUACCAAGGUGUUUGCCAUGGCUAGCCAUCUUGUAGGAAUGAACAAAGACGUGAUCUGUGACGCUGUAAAGUUCUUGAUGAAAACACAGAAAUCUGGCAUGUUUACUGAAGUUGGAACAAUCAUUCACGGAGAGAUGAUUGGUGAUGUGAAAGGCACAGAUUCAGGUGUCUCCAUGACAGCCUUCUGCCUUAUCGCUAUGCAGGAGUCAGGCAAGAUAUGUAACGGGAUUGAUAAUCUAGACGCUAGUAGAAAUGAAGCUGUGAGCUACCUGGAGAAGCAUCUACAUGGCCUCACCAACCCUUAUGCUGCUGCAAUAGCAUCGUAUGCCCUGGCCAAUGAAAACAAACUCAACCUGCAGAUCCUCAACAAGUUCAAGAGCUCAGAUCAUUGGCCUGUACGAGACAAACAUCUUUUCACCCUGGAGGCCACAGCUUAUGCUCUGUUGGCGUUGGUCAAGACCAAGGCCUUUGAUGAGGCGAGACCUGUUGUCAGAUGGUUCAACCAACAGCAGAUAGAUGGAGGAGGAUAUGGAUCAACUCAGGCUACUAUAAUGGUGUACCAGGCAAUAGCUGAGUAUUGGGUUGCCGCUAGAGAGGAGGAGUAUAAUGUGAAUGUGGAACUCUUUCUGCCAGACAGGUCAAAACCUCCGAGCUUCAAUUUCAACAGAGAAAGCCACUAUUUUACCAGAACGUCUAAGGUAAACUCUAUAAAUAAUAAUAUAACAGUCGUUGCCACUGGAAAAGGAGAAGCAACAGUAAAAAUGGUGUCAUGGUAUUAUGCGCUGCCUGAAGAAAAGGAAAGCAGCUGUCAGAAGUUCAACCUGUCUGUGCAAUUUUUCCCAGAUAAGAUUGGUGAGGAUGAAGGUAUAUACAAACUGAAAAUAGAAGUUUUGUAUAAGGAUGAUCAGCGUGAUGCAACCAUGGCAAUCUUGGAUAUUGGUUUGCUGACUGGCUUCACUGUUAACACAAAUGACCUGAACUUAUUGUCUAAAGGAUUUGGUCGCAGCAUUUCAAAGUAUGAGAUGGACAAAGUUCUCUCAGACAGAGGCUCGCUCAUUAUCUACUUAGAUAAGGUUUCUCACAAACGCCCAGAGGAGAUUGCAUUCAGGAUGACCCAGACUCUGAAAGUUGGUAUCUUGCAACCAGCGCCUGUGUCUGUCUAUGAAUACUAUGACCAUCAGCACAAUAGCCAGACACCCUGUGUGAAGUUUUACCACCCACAGAGGCGCUCUGGAGAGCUAUUGAGACUCUGCCAAAAGAAUGAAUGCAUAUGUGCUGAAGACAAUUGCAAUAUGCAGAGAAAGGAAAAAAUAGACAAUGAAGUUCGCACAACUAAGGCCUGUGAGUCUGAGAAAGGCAGCAAAAUAGAUUUUGUAUACAAAGUGAGACUAGAAGAGUUGAAAGCAGAUUUGGCCACAGACGUUUACACCAUGCGGGUUAUCAAAGUUAUCAAAGAAGAUAGCACUGAUGUUGCUCCAGACGACAAACUGCGCACGUUUCUUAGUUUCCCACACUGCAGGGAGGCUUUAAAUCUGACACAGGGCAAAACCUACCUUGUCAUGGGCAUGGCCAAAGACAUCAGCAUAGACACAGAGAAUAACUCGUUUCAGUAUGUGCUUAAUGAGCGAACCUGGAUUGAAUACUGGCCAUCCGAGGAGGAGUGUCAGACAGCUAUACACAGACCCACAUGUUUAGGGAUGGAAUAUUUGGUCAUGAUGCAGAGAAACUUUGGAUGUCAGCUGAAGUGAAGAAAUACACUUAUGGAACUGCUUAUUAUAACUGCAUUACUCUCAUGUCACACUUUGUGUUACAAGUGAUGCAAAAGUUGCAUGCUACUUCUUAUUGAUUGAAAUCCAAUGGUCUGACAUACUAUCAUCUUUCUGAUAAAUAUACAGAUAUUAAUAUUCAACAUCUGGAUGAAGUGCUUUUGAUUAAUAGAGAAAGAGAGAAAGGGUAAAAUGGAGAAAAGGAGAAUCAUACAAUUAAAAACAAAAAGCAUUGAAACUGUGAUUGUGAAAUAAAUAUGUUUUUAACAAUG